GCAGUGCAGCCACGGCUUGUGGCAGUCAGCAAGACAAAGCCAGCGGAGAUGGUGAUGGAUGCCUACAGCCAUGGGCAGCGCAGCUUCGGGGAGAACUACGUCCAGGAGCUGCUGGAAAAGGCAUCAGACUCCAGAAUUCUGUCAUCUUGUCCAGACAUCAAGUGGCAUUUUAUUGGCCACCUGCAGAAAAACAAUGUCAACAAGCUGAUUGCUGUCCCAAACCUGUUCAUGCUGGAAACUGUGGAUUCUGUGAAACUGGCAGACAGAGUCAACAGCUUGUGGCAGAAGAAAGGAUCAUCCCAGAAGCUGAAGGUCAUGGUGCAGGUUAACACGAGUGGGGAGGACAGUAAGCAUGGUCUUUCCCCUGGAGACACUGCAGCUGCUGUGGAACAUGUCAUCAACAAGUGCCCCAGCCUGGAAUUCGUGGGGCUGAUGACAAUUGGCAGCAUUGGGCAUGACCUCAGCAAGGGCCCAAAUCCUGACUUCCAGAUGCUGCUCUCUCUGCGGCAGGAGGUGUGUGAGAAGCUGAACCUCCCUGUGGAGAAGGUGGAGCUGAGCAUGGGCAUGUCCACGGACUUCCAGCAUGCAAUAGAGGUUGGAUCCACAAACGUCAGGAUUGGGAGCACUAUUUUUGGAGAGAGGGAUUAUUCCAACAAAGCUGCUGGGGGCAAGGCCCCUGCUGGGAAUAAAGGGCAGACAGAGGCUGAGGCAGUGCAGGGGCACUAG